AUGACCAUUUCUCGCAAGUACCUCUUCGGAGGUGAAGCUCCCUGGUCAAAACAAGACUGGACAGCCUGCGACGACCGCGUCCGCGGCGGCGCUUCCACCUCUCAGAUCAGCAUCAGAGCAUCCACCGUCGACCAUCCCAGCACACCCGCCUACUCCUCCUCCGCUUUCUUUCACGGUCAUCUCGACAUCACCACCCUGGGCGGCGCCGGCUUCGCCUCCCAACGCAACACCACUAACACCCUACUCUGGCAUCUCGAGAAAUACGACGGCAUCGAAUUGACAAUCGGUAAAUCGGAUGGAAAACGCUAUGCAUUUGUUCUCAAGGAUGAAAUACUACCCAAGAGACCGGAUGGAAGAGAGCAGAGUUCGCUGAGUUGGGAAUAUGAGUUUGCCGUUCCGCCGCCAAAAGAAGGGGAAGAAGGGACGAAGGAGGGCACGAUAGUGAGGGUGAAAUGUUUCUUCGGCACGCAACAAGGCGACUUUGAAAUCGAAAUUAAAAGCAUUGCUGCCUUUCGACAAAGCGACCAAGUUGAACCUCCUCCCAUCCGUCAAGACGGCGAAGACAUGACCGAGAAAUUGCGCCAACAAGAACAGCAACGAGGAGGACGCCCGCCACCGUCCCGCGAAAGCGAAACAGAUGCUAUGAUAUCAAAGACGUCCAAAGAAGCGGACGAACCGAAACGACCUCAGAAACGGGGGCCGAAGAAUCCGAUUCUGAGCAUUAUUUUAGCGGACCAGCGCGGAAUGACCAAAAACCUCGUCCAAAAAGGUUCCCUCUCCUCACCCAUCCUACUGUACAACCGCACAUACUCCAAAGCCGAAUCUCACGCCCUCACCCUCGGCGGGCCAUCUCACGCAAAAGCCGUACGCACAAUCACCGAAGCUGUCUCGCCUUCUAACAUCAUCUUUACCUGUGUCGGCGACGACGCCGCGGUCGAGGACAUUUUCAGCGUCGCACUAUCCGAGAAGGAGGAUGUCGCUGGAAAACUGUUCGUGGACAUGUCCACCAUCCACCCAGACACAUCCCGCAAACUCUACACCCGGAUCGCCGACCGAGGCGCGCGGUUCGUCUCCUGCCCCAUCUUCGGUGUCCCCGCAAUGGCCGAAGCAGGACAACUAAUCUGCGUGCUCGGCGGCGCCAAACCUGACGUUGAGCGCAUCUUGCCAUACACAAUCGGCGUCAUGGCGCGCGCCAACAUCGACCUCUCAUUCGACCCAUCAACAACCCCGGAAUCAGCUCAAGACGUCGGCAAAGCCUCUACCAUGAAACUAAUCGGCAACAGCUUCAUCCUCAGCUUCGUCGAACAACUCGCCGAAGGCUUGACACUCGCCGAAAAAUCCGGCGUCGGAAUUGAUCCUCUAGCCCAAUGGUUGGAAUUAAUGUUCCCGGGGCCACUCCCGAAAUACGUGGAACGCAUGCAGACAGGCGACUACUACAAACGCGAAUAUCCGCUAUUCCAAGUUGAUUUAGCGCGCAAAGAUUUGAGGCAUGUGGCGAGUGUUGCGGAGGCGAGUGGGAUGAGGAUGAGGAGUUUGGAAGUGGUGGAUGGGUAUUUGAAGGAUGUCAAGGCGCAUUCGGGCGAAAGGGGGGAUAUUGCGGGUAUGUAUGGUGCGGUUAGGAAGGAGUCUGGGUUGAAGUUUGAGAAUGAUGAAUAA